AAAGUAUCAUCAAAUUACAAUCUAGCGCACCGGAGACCAGAGUUACCUGUUAUUUAGUUAGUUCAUUGGAUAAUCACUGGCAAGCAGUGUUGGAAAGAAAGUCACAUCAUGCAGUUCAUAGAAAUUCUAACAAUUUUCAUCUUCGGCUUUUUUGCCGAUAGUCUGGCCGCUGUACACAAUUCUACAGUCCCUCCCUAUGUCCAUCAAUGUGUUGAAACCGAUCCUGAAAUUGAGAAAUGUGCCAUAGUCGCUCUACAUCAUAUACGGCCGUAUUUAUCCGCAGAUCUUUUCAACAGGCUCAGUAAGAACGGCUCACCAGUUGAGGCAAAAGUAUAUUUUCCAAAAAUGAAAAUCGAUGCCAAGUACACAAGCAGCGGAGUCCUCAUCAUUUUGCCUGCCACUGGAAAUGGCACUUUCCACGCUGAUUUCACUGACGUUUAUGCUCAUGUACGGGUUGCUGUAUCUCACUUUGAGAGAGAUGGCCUGACCUGGUACAGCGCUGACAAAAUGGAAAUUGACCUGAAGAUUACGCAUGCGCAUAUGGCUGUCAAGAACAUUUUCAACAAUAACAGGAUUCUGAAUGAAGCCAUCAAUCUUUUCCUGAGAGAAAACGGGGAAGAAGUGAUCAGGAUAAUGAUGCCACAACUCAAAACAAAGCUGGCUGCAGUUUUCAAGAAAAUUGCAAAUCAGCUCCUGAAACAUAUCAACCUUGAAAUGUUCUUGAAAUCUGCGUGAAACUAAAAUCAAAAAGAUAAAAUUAUGUUAGUGCUACUUAGGAUAUCACAUUGGAGAGACAAGUUAUGUGACUUCUUAUUAUUCAGUCAUCAUCACGAAUAAUAUUGCAAAAUAUGUGAAGAAAUAAUAAUGUUAGUAAACGAGCAAUAUUGAAAAUAUUUCCUCGUUUAGGGGAAUAUUGUUAGUAUACUCUGAAAUGACGUGUUAAUAAUGUGAGUAUAAUAAAGCUGGGUUUCCACCAAAGUUAUUAACAAAAUGUUAAUAACAUAAUCCUUAUAGAUUAUAUUACAUUGAACGGAACUUCACAAGCACAUAUGUUCAUCAUGUGUAUGAUAAGUUAUGUAAAAUCUAAUAGAAUCUAUAAGGAUUAAGUUAUUAACAUUUUGUUAAUAACUUUGAUGUAAACGCAGCUACAUACUUUUUCAUGUACGCUUCCAUAACUUCAAACACACAAGAUUCACUUUAAAAAAUCAACAUUGGUUGAAUGGUAAACAUUUAUGGCUGCUGUUCAUGAAGACAAAAACUGACAGAUCAAAGUAAAUGUUAUUAGACUGUACUUAAAAAUUAGAAUUAAUUAUGAAUAAUUUGUUUUCAUAAUGAGUUUCUAUCACGCAUCAAAAAAUCUGUAAUUGAUAAGUGGAGUUAAUACUGUAUUUUUGUUUGAAUAAUAACUAUAUUAUUACAUAAUAAAUUAGUACUAGCAUUUCCGUACAAUUUUGAAAUUGUAAUUAGUUUGAAAAUUUAAUUUUCUGGUAGAUAUUGACUUGAUUAUAUUCCCACCAUGACAAUUCUCCAUGAUGCGAAGUUUCAAAGAUACUAAUGAAAGAAUAAGAUGUGAUUGAAAUUAUUCUGCUUCUAUUUAGAGGACUAAUAAUUUAAGUUCUUGAAUAAUAUUUUAUUUGUUUGUCUGGAAGAAUAUUUUGAUAAUGACUAGGAGAAAUAUAUUUUCAAUUAUCAAUUGAAUAUUCGAAUGAAAAUCUCAAAUUUGAAUAAUAUUUUCUUUGUGGUCUGGAAGAAUAUUUUGAUAAUGACUAGGAGAAAUAUAUUUUCAAUCAUCAAUUGAAUAUUCGAAUGAAAAUCUCAAAUUUGAAUAAUAUUUUCUUUGUGGUCUAGAAGAAUAUUUUGAUAAUGACUAGGAGAAAUAUAUUUUCAACCAUCAAUUGAAUAUUCGAAUGAAAAUCUCAAAUUUAAAUAAUAUUUUCUUUGUUAGUCUAGAAGAAUAUUUUGAUAAUGACAAUGUAAAAAAUAUUUUCAAUCAUUAAUUAAAUAAUAGAUUUCAAAUCUCAAAUCAAUCAUCAAUUUCUCAAAGCAUCGACCUUGAUUACUUGAAAUAUCAUCUCAUAUCCACAAAAAUCUCAUUCUAAAAAAAUCAAUACCAAAGUACAAAGUGGAUGAGAAUUAUUACUAAAUUAAUAUUUAAGACGAUGCUUAUUCAUUUUUGUUUUUAGUUAGAUUAAUGUGAUGUAUAAUUUCAUUAUGAGACAUCGUGCAAUAAGAUUUUAUGAUAAAUAUGAUAGAGAAAGGAUAGGUAGGAUAUAUGCUUCCGUAUACUUAAUCCAUUUUCUAUUAUCAGUUAUUAAAAGAGUAAGAAAGAUCAAUAUAAUGUGUAGAAUAGAUAUGUAAGUUGUUAGGCUAGAUGCUAUUAUUCUGUUUUAGAAAUAAAAAUGUAUACUUAUUGGUAUCAUAAUAAAAUAUUAUAGACUCUUGA